AUGAAUAACAAUCAAGCAUCCUCAAAGAUACUUCGAAUACCUCUAGAGAUCCGCGAUGCAAUCUAUUCCCACCUUUUCGACCUAUGCCAACGUCCAGAUGACCCGAAACUCAUACACCCAGCCUACGAUCCAAAAGCAAGCCCGUCUAAGAGGGAGGGCUCCCUAUUCACACUCAAAUAUGGAUACAAUGGGAGCCUCAGAAUCAAAUACUACAACACCCUCCCUAAAUACCAACUCCUACCAAUUCUCCAAACAUGCCAACAAAUUCGCUCGGAAUUUCAGGAUUUCCUUCACCGUACUCUAAAUAAGGAAGGUGAAAACGUCAAAGCCGGAGGGAAAAGGCUCAGGUAUGAGCUUAACCUCACUUCCCACCGCCUCUUGGCGUAUCCUACGUGGGUUGUCCUUCCGCUGCCGCCUGAGGAGCCGUAUAAUGUAAUCGAUGAGCUUUGGGUCAAUUACGAAAUACGAGACUAUACGCAACGAGGAGGCCGGUUUUAUGCAUGUGGAGGUCCGGGGACGGAACCACAUACACUUUUUCAUCUUUUGUCUAACUUUUUGUUUCAUGGGCCUCAAGGGUUUUAUCUACCAGCGAUUAAUGACCCAAGCCCUGACAAAGAUGGGAAGCGACCAAGCUAUAACGGCGGGAGGUGUAACCCGAAAAUCGAGCACCUCAUCCUUAACAUUUCAUUCCACGAGGCCAGCCAAAAAAUAAAGGGACUGGAAAAUUUGGAAGCCGAUGUGGAGUCCGGGAAACCAGGCGCACAGGCGGACCUGGAAGAAGUAAUUCGGGCCUUCGAAGAGAGCAAAAAGGAUGCUGCGGGAUGGGUUGAACAGAAUGUUGGGCGGAUAGCUGAAAGUAAUUAUUUUGAUGGACAUGUGAAAAUGAUAUCUGUAUUCUUCGAAGGUUUGGAGAUGUGGCAGGCAGAGCCGGAUUGGACCGAGGAUGAGGAGGAUGGAGAGGAUCAAGAUUACCCAUUAACACACUCUAUUACCAUCGAUCGUGGUUUCGAUAGAGCUCCUGACUGGAAGGAGAAUAGCGACUUUGUGCAGUACAGCUUUAUCUGGGGCCCGAAGCCAGAAUCUCGGAGAGGGUUCACAGAUGAGCAACAAGACAGCGGUCAGACCGGUACCUAG